GAGGGAGGAAGAUGAGAGGGUUUCGUCUGCAGACUUGGACUUACGCUGUUGAAAAAUAAUGGUCCAGUAGUCUAGCUAGUGGGUAGUGUUGCCAUUGUGUGUUUAUUUUGGUUGUGAGCAGUACCAAGGUGUCUCGCUAUAACCAAUACUCCGGAGGAGCAGCAGCAGCCGCCACAGCAGUCAUUCCCACCAGCCCCCCACCCCCCCAACAGACACAGGCAGCAAGAGCAGGAUGGAGGCCCCAUUUAGUCCUGCCUUCUCAGCUGUGGCUGCCGGAGCUAAAGCAGAGGGUUCCAGCAGCUACAAGCAGCACCGCAGAACCCCCUCCUCCUCCAGCACCCUCACCUAUUCCCCCCGUGAUGAUGACGAUGGAAUGCCUCCCAUUGGGACCCCUCGGAGGUCAGAUUCGGCUAUCUCUGUACGCUCUCUCCAUUCGGAGUCCAACAUGUCUCUACGCUCCACGUUCUCUUUGCAUGAAGAGGAGGAAGACACGGAGCCCCAGGUGUUUGCCGAGCAGCCGUCAGUAAAACUUUGCUGCCAGCUAUGCUGUAACGUUUUCAAGGACCCCGUCAUCACCACGUGUGGGCACACAUUCUGCAGACGAUGUGCCUUGACUUCAGACAAGUGCCCAGUGGACACAGCUAAGCUAACAGUGGUGGUGAACAACAUAGCAGUAGCCGAGCAAAUCGGGGAGUUGUUCAUCCACUGUAAAUAUGGCUGCCGUGCCACGGCUAGCAGUGCUGGCGGCGGUGGGGCCUCGGCCACCACAGUGGCUGGUAAACCUGGAGCGUACGAGGUGGACCCGCUGGGUUGUCCCUUUACCAUCAAACUCUCCACACGCAAAGAACAUGAGGCGAGUUGUGACUACAGGCCAGUGCGUUGCCCAAACAACCCGUCAUGCCCCCCACUGCUCACCAUGAACCUGGAGGCCCACCUCAAAGAGUGUGAGCACAUCAAAUGCCCCCACUCCAAAUACGGCUGUACAUUCAUUGGUAACCAGGACACAUAUGAGACCCACCUGGAGGUGUGCAAGUUUGAGGGCCUGAAGGAAUUUCUUCAGCAGACAGAUGACAGGUUCCAUGAAAUGCAGCUGACCCUGGCCCAGAAAGACCAGGACAUUGCCUUCCUGCGCUCCAUGUUGGGAAAACUGUCUGAGAAACUAGACCAGCUGGAGAAAAACCUGGAGCUCAAGUUUGACGUGUUGGAUGAGAAUCAGAGUAAGCUGAGUGAAGACCUAAUGGAGUUCCGGAGAGAUGCGUCCAUGCUCAAUGAUGAGUUAUCCCACAUUAAUGCCAGGCUCAACAUGGGCAUCCUGGGCUCAUACGACCCCCAGCAGAUCUUUAAAUGUAAGGGGACAUUUGUUGGACAUCAGGGUCCAGUCUGGUGUCUGUGUGUCUACUCCACCGGCGAUCUGCUGUUCUCUGGAUCCUCUGACAAGACCAUUAAGGUUUGGGACACCUGCACCACUUACAAGUGUCAGAAAACCCUAGAGGGACACGACGGUAUUGUACUGGCACUGUGUAUCCAAGGGAACCGGCUGUACAGUGGCUCUGCUGACUGCACCAUCAUAGUGUGGGACAUCCAGACCCUGCAGAAGGUGAAUACUAUCCGUGCCCAUGACAACCCUGUGUGUACACUGGUCUCCUCCCACAACAUGCUCUUCAGUGGCUCCCUCAAAGCCAUCAAGGUGUGGGACAUCGUGGGCACUGAGCUGAAACUGAAGAAGGAGUUGACUGGUCUAAAUCACUGGGUCAGAGCGCUGGUGGCUUCCCAGAACCAUCUCUACAGUGGCUCUUAUCAGACUAUCAAGAUUUGGGACAUCCGGUCUCUAGAGUGUGUCCAUGUCCUGCAGACCAGUGGGGGGAGCGUCUACUCCAUCGCAGUCACCAACCACCACAUUGUUUGUGGCACCUAUGAGAACCUCAUUCAUGUGUGGGACAUAGAGUCCAAAGAGCAGGUGCGGACUCUGACAGGUCACGUGGGAACAGUGUAUGCCCUGGCUGUCAUCUCCACCCCAGACCAGACCAAAGUCUUUAGUGCCUCCUAUGACCGCUCACUCAGGGUGUGGAGCAUGGACAACAUGAUCUGUACCCAGACCCUGCUGAGACACCAGGGCAGUGUAACAGCUCUAGCCGUAUCCAGGGGGCGUCUCUUCUCCGGGGCCGUUGACAGCACUGUCAAGGUCUGGACAUGUUAGAAGAUGAGUUAGUAGAGACAGCUCUCUGAGGACAGUCCACCACCAGCUGACCCUCAAACAUACUCAACUUUUUUGUGUCAAAUGGACUCUAUAAUCUUUGAUAAAAAUGAACUCCGGUCUUGUCACGCAGUUUCCCUGCUAUGCCCGUUUAUCUGAUUGUGAUUCCGCACCACUCCAGGACCAAGCCUCAUCAGAGCUGUUUUACAAGUUUUACUUUUAAAACUUUAUGACCUUUGACACCGUGACUUUGUCAGGUUCACAAGGUCAUCUUGGGUUCACGCUCCCUGUGACCUUGGCACACGUGCAUUAUGGGACAAAGCAGGAGGAGGAGCUGCCUUAAGCUUGCACUGGUUGACUGGCUGCGUCAAACCAAGCUUUUCUUUAAGGGGACACGGCUGUCUCUCAGUCACGGCAGAAUAACGGUGUUUGGGACUGGCCGUUCUGUGUGGCACUAGAGCGUCCCGCCUACUUUUUUUGGACAUAGCUGCCACUGAGAUACUGUACUGUUAAAGAUAAUUCUAUGGGCCAGUUUCAUCGACAUGAAUUGAUGCUGGGCUUGCAAAAUAGUGAAUGCUUCUCUGCGGGAACGAUCCCGCUGUUCGUUUUCUGCUUCUUAGAGCAAAGCAGCAAAAAUGCACAACCGCAAAGAAAAUGGGCAGGGUUAAGUUGUAUGUGCUUCAUGCAAGUAAAAUCUAAAGACAGGGUUAGUUUAUGCAAACAAACGAGAGGGGUUUCACAAGCGCCACCAAAAUCAAUAUCACUCCACAGGCACGGUUCAGCUAGCAUGAGAUCGAUGCAAUGUCUGCUACCCUUGAGUGACAAUUCAAAGAUUAACAUUUACAUGAAGGUUUACAUUAGUUACUGUUAUCUGCAAAGUGGAGGUAUUUGAGUGAUUUUGGGUUGGCCUACUUAAUAAGAAGGUCAGUGCAGGGUCAGGCAAAGCAACCCUGAAAUGGAAGGAGCGCAUUGUGCUGCUGUACGAGGACUUCAUCAAGGCCGAUGCUUGCCAACAUGAGGGGCUUGGUCUUUACUCUGAACACGCUGCCCUGUUGCCCCUAUAAGAGGCCAAAAUGGGACACACCACUGUCAGUGUCUUAAUCGUCCUGAUGUGGUUAACCCCUACCCACCAUCUUCAACUACUACAGGCAUUUUCAAACCUUUGGCUUUUUUGUGUCGCAAAUCGAGCUAAUUUCUUUUAUUGUGCCACCAGAAUUUGUGACUGAACGCCCCGCGCAAGGAAACUAUUCUCUCAUUGGUCAGAGUUUUUGUGCACGCUAAAUGGAAGUAGACUGUUCGAAAUAGUUGGCAGCAAUUUUCCCAUUUGGACUGAAGGUGUAAAAGAAGCAUCAGCUCCGUUUUAUCAGCUGUGUUUGGAUCAUCACUUUUUCUGGGAUCCUUUGGGUUACGUACCAGAGUUUCAUGUAUGAGCGAUUUCAACAUGAAUGGAGACAGCAUCUCAGAAACGCUGUGCGGCAGCAUUUCAUUAGAUGGAGACAUGUUAUCCCCAGACUCCUCUGCAGGAGAAGGUACACUCCAGUGAAUGCCUGCAGUGGCACACCAUACCAGUUCCCAGCGAGCAGAUCCCAUAUUGUAUAGUGAUAUCAUGAAUCGAGUCAGAUUUGCAUUCUCAGUGUGAAGGACCUGUUUCCCAGUUUGUUUGGAAGUACGCCGGUCCGAGACCACCUUCUUUGUGUUCCUGGUCCAGUUGCACUUGAGGCUACACCCGAGUUCAGUUGCUGUGUUCACGGAUGCUCAAACAAACCAAACUAGGGGAAGCAACGCUGCAUGGAUCAAAAUCUAUCUCUGAACAAACUUGGUGUUAAAAGGCCCCGAACAUGUCUGGCGGAGAUACAGGGCCGCACCAACACGAGUCACACCUGUUCUCAGACUGAAUCAUGGACUUAGGACAAAUCGCCCGGCUCAUCUCAGUGAAACUGGCCUUUUAAGUGAACACUUUAAACAAGAUGAUAGAUUUAAAGAUUUACUGAGUUUUAUAUUAGUGCCAUUAUAGAGCUGUAUUCAGAACCACUCGAGGGUUGUGUAGUUGUUUAAAUUAAUUGAUAGUGCCGAAUCAGACCAUGUGCCCACGAGAACGACCCACAUUGGCCUACACAACAGAGAAGGACGGGGAGAGAAAUGAAAGCUGUGUGUGUGUGUGUGUACGUGCGUGUGUGUUUCUGCAAAUGUUUAAAUAAUGUGUGGAUGCGAAUGUAAAAAGAACAAAAUUAUGUUGAUGUAGAAGAUUUCCUCCCUUUCCUUCUCUCUGUUCUCUCUUCCCCCUCUUUCUGUCUCUGACUCUGAUUUAUUAUGAACAUGAACUAGUUGAUUUGAGGUUACAAAUUGAUGAGUACCAUUAUUCUCAUGGUUGUAAUAUAAGCUGUCUUUUACUUGUAAUACUGUCUUGAACCGAGCUGGCUUUCAUGUAGGCGGCUUUGGACAAUGUGUAAUGUGUUAUGGACCGCCACCAAACAGAAGGAAAUCACAGGUGUAUCCACGCAUGUUACACCCCCGCAAUAGGUUUUUAUCAGACCAGAUCGCUGAGCUGAUAAAUUCAGUCGAGAUUACUGUUUUUAAAGUUUAUGGGUUGAUGAAAUGGGUUACAUCCGCAACUGAUUUGGACAAACGCCAUUCAUUUUGGACCUGAAACUUGUUUUCCACAUUUUUAAAACCGGCUGUCCCUCACGUCUAUCCAGCUUUGAUGACUAGCUCGCCUCAGUAAGACAGGGACAGGAAGCGGAGGGGGAAGUGUGAAAAGUGUCUUCAUGGAUCAUGGUUUCAUCGAUUUCUUGUACACUCCUAAUCAUGUAAGCCUGAUUUGAUCACUGAUCAAUAAAACUGUUGCACACUUUGAGAGCUGUUACCUAUUCCUCAUAUAACUUUGGUCAGUGACUGAUGUGUGGUUACAGAGGCUCAUCUUUAUUUGAUGCAACCAUUUCACUUCCCUGAGGAGUCAUUCUUAACCUCGCACCCCCCCCCCCCAGCAUCCAAGCUAGCGUUGUGUUAGCACUCACCCUAAACAAAUGGCAUAGUUUCCACAUCUCUACAUUAGUAACCACCAAAUGAUAGUAUCGGUAUUAGUUAAUGCUUAAUAGGUUGGAUUUGCUGAUAUCUCAGCCAAUAUAAGGUUAGCAGUCUUCUGGUUGGCAUGUUUGCAGAUGUGUAUUCAAGUGUUUUCUGGCGGUUGGCAAGCCAGUUUAGAGGUUAGAUGUGGAUUCUGCGCGGCGCAGUGGUUAGCGCGGUCGCCUCGCAGCAAGAAGGUCCUGGGUUCGAGCCCCGGGGU